AUGGAAGCGAUUCUCUGCGCCAAUGGUUGUGGCUUUUUUGGAACUGCUGAGAACCGAAACAUGUGUUCCAUGUGCUACAAAGAGUUCCUCAAGAGAGAGAUCAUUGCCGUGAGUUUGAAGCCGACAAUCACGACCGUUGAUCAACAUGAUGAUCAUGCAUCGUCUUCCCUAGCCUCCAAAAACGACAUCGUUGCUCAUGUUUCUGAAAUCAACGCGCAAUUGAGGGAAUUGAAAAUUGGGAAAAACCGGUGCAAGAGUUGCAACAAGAAGGUGGGGCUAACGGGGUUUAACUGCCGGUGUGGUAACUUGUUCUGUGGAAGGCACCGGUUACCGGAGGCUCAUGCUUGCAACAUCAAUUACAAGACCGUCCCUCGCCGUAAUGACCAUGAUCAUCUGGCUGAAAUCAUUCAGGCUGAUAAGUUGAAGUGGAGUGGAGGGAGGGCAUAA